GCCUGGGUCAGUGGAACCCAGGAAGGCAGGUCGCUGGACACAGGAUUUCCAGGAGCAGGCUGGAAAUCAGUUAUUUACCAGUUUAGCUGGACAUCAGGGGCUGGCACAUCGGGCUGCGCAGCGGACAGAGGCACAUCGGGCUGCGCAGCGGACAGAGGCACAUCGGGCGGAGCAGCGGACAGAGGCACAUCGGGUGGAGCAGCAGACACCGAGUCAUCUGGCACGACAGCGGGCGCCGAGUCAUCUGGCACGACAGCGGGCACCGGGCCAUCAGGCUCGACAGCAGGCAACGAGUCAUCAGGCUCGACAGCGGGCAACGAGUCAUCUGGCAGAACAGUGGGCAAUGAGUCAUCUGGCAGAACAGCGGGCACCGGGUCACCAAGCUCAACAGCGGGCAACGAGUCAUCUGGCAGAACAGCGGGCAACGAGUCAUCUGGCAGAACAGCGGGCACUGAG